CCACAACAAACAGACAAACACACAGUUAGAAGGAGAAAAAAAGAAGAAACUCUCUGGCAAACAUUGAGCUAAAGGCAUUCACACACACAUUCAUAUAGAAAUACCUGCACACUGUGCUCUCUUCCUUGCAUGCGUGCCUGUGCGCCUGUGUGUGUCUGUGUAUGUAAGAGAGAGAGACCGAGAGAGAGAGCAAUGAUGAACUCGGCGCCUAGGCGCAUCAGCAGCAGGAAUAACAAUUAAAAUAAACGCGCAAAAUGUUGCAGGCGCAUAGCGACGCCAGCAGCACAUCGACGACAACAACAACAGCUAGAARCAGCGCGGAAAGCAACGACAGCGUCGCAGCUUCGACGCCAACACAGGAGGAAAAGACACAGCGUCGACGCUCCACCUUCUACGUUCCGUUGGUAAUCGAGGACGACGACAGCGCUGAAGUCCAGCCACAGCAACAGCAACAGCGCCAUCUAGCGCCGCACGGCGGCAGCAGCUCAAGUCUGAGCAGCAACAGCUGGAAAAAGGGCAACGCUCCUAAGGCAGCUGAGCGCAAAUCUAACGGSAGCAGCAGCAGCAGCGGCGGCGGCAGCAAAAUGUCACCGCCUUGCGGCUUCAAUUGGAGCAUUAGCGGCAGUGACGUCGCUGCGCAGUAUUCUGACUCUGAUGACGAGCAGCAGCCGCAGUUACAGCAACGCCAGCGCCAGCAAUUGGUAAAGUCUGCAGCUGCAACAGCAUCAGCUGCACCGUCAACAGCGACGCCAGCGUCGAACGCCAAGCUUAAGCGCUAUGGCAUUGUUCUGAAUGUGAUCAGUCUUAAUGGCAGCGGCAGCGGCAGCGGCGCUGACGAUAGCAGCGGCGGCGUUGAGCCUUUAGCUAAUAUGCCGCCAGAUGGCGCCAGGUGUGCGCCACGCACUCAUUUCAAUGAAGAUAACGACAUUGUGAUGGCAAUGCCGCCCAAGCAGCAGGCGCUCUCGCUCUCACCCGCACACUCGCGUCAAUCGUCAGCGGCCGUGGACGUCGCCACCGGAGCCGCUGCUGUCGACGACGAUGACUCAGAGAUAAGCCGUAUGCAGACAAACACCUCAACGCCCAUCAAGCUAAUGAAGUCGCGUUCGCGCACAAACAUUUUGGCUGUGCCGCUGCCCAGUGUGGAGCGCGGUCUGGCAACGACGACGUCAUCAUCGGCGUCAGCGUCAGCGUCAGGGGCAGGGGCAGCGGCAGCUGGAACCACAACUGCGAAAACAACAACAACGUUGAUCACACUGCGCGCUAAGGCAAAAACGCUGCCGCAGAACCUAUCGCCGUCAGUUGCACUGCGCGAGGCGGCCGCGCUGGACGACACGGCGCACUAUUACAACAACAACAACAACAAUAAUAAUAAUAAUAAUAACAAUAACAAACAGCAGCAKCAACAUCAGGCACUGCCGCAACGUCAGCUGUUUGGCGGCAGCAGCAGCAACUGCGCUGGUUCCGGCUGUGGUUCCGGUUCCGUUUCUAGUUCAACAGCCUCGCCCUAUAAGCUGCAGAGCAGCGCCUCAGCCGCGUCCAUUCUAACGCACAGUUUUCCGCCCAAGAAUCUGUUCCUCUUAAAGUCGACGCCAAAGCUGUCAGCGGACGCCACGCCUCCGCCCACGCCCAUCACCUCGCCGCCAAAGAAGUCGCUGAGCUUCAUUCGCCGCGCCCACUCCACGAAAUUGUCGCGCAGCAAUUCGCUGCUGAAGACAAUCGGCAGCGGCGGAGCAGGCGCCGGCGCCGGCGCAACGUCAACAGCGACGCAUCAGUCAGUGCAGCAGCAGCAUUACGGCAUGUCGUCCGGCACAGCGCUGUCGGCUUCAAGCAGCUGCGCCAGCGUCACGGACCGCUGGUGCUGGAACUUCUACAUGGACUACGACAUCUGCCCGCUGAGCCUGGACGAGCUGGGCGACUACUUCCAGAGGGACCACUGCGAACAGCUCAUCUGCGAGCGCUUCAUGCUGAAGGAUCUCCACCCGCACUCGACGGCCAACGCUUCGACUGGGGCCACUGAUGCCUCCCAGUCGGUGUCGGAGCAGCAGGGCAACGCAGCAGCAGGAGCGGCAGACGAUGAUGCGGGACAUCAUUCCGAUACUUCAUAUGAGAAGGCCUGUCGACGCGGCUCGGCGCCCACAACCCCCAUUCUGGGCAACAAACAGCAUCAGACGGAGCAUAAUGCCACCUCGCGCUUUACCAAUUUCUUCUCGAAGAGAUCGAAUCCUCUCAAGCGUACAAAGUCUGUCACCAAAUUGGAGCGCACCAAGCGCGGAUCGGGUGGUCUGCGUGGCUCGCGCUCCCACGAGAGCCUGCUCUCGAGUCAUGCCGUCAUGUCCACCAUUGAUUUGUCAUGCAGCGGCGCUGUGGGCGUAGCGCCCGUGCAUCAGUCGGUGCUGGGGCGCCGGCACUGCUUCCAGGUGCGCGGCGGUCCGCGCGGCGAGCGCUACUACUCGUGUGGGUCGCGGCAGGAGCGAGACCUGUGGAUCUACUCGCUGCGCAAGUCGAUCGCCCCGAAUGCGGAGCACACACGCCGCAUGGACAACUCGCUGAAGCUGUGGGUGUACGAGGCAAAGAAUUUGCCGGCGAAGAAGAAAUACUUCUGCGAGCUGCAGCUGGACAAGACGCUGUACGGCCGGACGAGCGUCAAGCUGCAGACGGAUCUGCUGUUCUGGGGCGAGUACUUUGACUUCCCCGACAUACCCGAGAUCAACGUGAUCACGGUGAAUGUGUUCCGCGAGGUCGACAAGAAGAAGAAGCGCGACAAGUACCAGUUCGUGGGCUCGGUGAAGAUACCCGUGCACGAGGUGACCUCGCGGCCCUACUGCGAGGACUGGUAUCCCAUACUGAGCGACAAGGCCGGCGACAGCCUCGGCCGCGGCGGCUUGGGCAAGGACAAGGAGCGGGAGCUGCAGCCGACGCUGCGCAUCAAGUGCCGCUUCCAGAGCACCGACAUCCUGCCCAUCAAUGUCUAUGGCAAUUUCCUGGCCUACCUCAAGGAGAACUACAAGCGCGUCUGCGAGACGCUCGAGCCGGUGAUCGGGGUCAAGGCCAAGGAGGACAUUGGGCAGGCGCUCGUCCUGCUGAUGCACGCGCAGGGCCUGGCCGGCGCCUUCCUCACCGACGUCGUGGCCCUCGACCUGCUGCGCGUGGGCGACCAGCGGCUGACCUUCCGCGGCAACUCGCUGGCCACCAAGAGCAUGGAGGCGUUUCUGAAGCUGACGGGCGAGCAGUACCUGCAGGACACGCUGUCGGCGCCCAUCAACGAGCUCAUCCAGUCCGACCGCGACUGCGAGGUGGACCCCACCAAGACGAGCGGCUCCUCGUCCGGCUCGCUGCAGCGGCAGCAGGCGGCGCUGCGCACCGCUGUGCGCAGUGCCUGGCAAUGCAUUUACGAGUCGCACAAGCAUUUUCCGCCCCAGCUGCGCGCCUGCUUCGCGACGUUCCGGGAGCGCCUGCAGCAGCUGGGCCGCCAGGACAUGGCUGACAAUCUGAUCUCGGCCAGCAUAUUCCUGCGCUUCCUCUGCCCGGCGAUCCUCUCGCCGUCGCUGUUCAACAUCACCAGCGAGCUGCCGUCGGCGCGCGCCACUCGCAACUUGACGCUGGUGGCCAAGACGCUGCAGACGCUGGCGAACUUCACGCGCUUCCAGGGCAAGGAGAACUUCAUGGAGUUCCUCAACGACUUUCUCGAGCAGGAGGCGGGGCGCAUGCAGCAGUUCUUGGAGUACAUCUCGACGCGGCCCGACCACGCCACGCCCGACUCCAUACUGGACUGGGCGGGCUACAUCGACCAGGGCAAGCAGCUCUCCAUCCUGCACAGCCUGCUCAGCGAGAGUCUGGCCAAGCUGCCGGAGGCGCGCCAGCACGAGCUCGAUCCCCUGCAGCACAUACUGGACGACAUCAGCCGUGCCAAGGAGUUGUCCGCGGGCCAUGCCCUGGCCUCCGGCUAUCUGCCCACGGUCAUGUCCACGCACAGCAUUGCCAGUGAGAACCAGGAAAAUCGCCAGCCGGAUGCCACUGCUGGCUCUGGCAUGGUGCCCAGCAGCUCGAGCAGCUCGCUGCAGCACCAACAACAGCAACAACAGCAGCAGCAACAUCAGCAGCAGCAGCAGUUGGCCCAGCCGCAGCAUGCGGUGGUCAGUAAGCCACUGCCCGCAGAGCGUGGGAUCAUGCGAGGCGUGCUGACGCCCAGCGCACUGGAGAAGAACAUAUUCCGCUACAAUGAUCCCACGGUGAAUGUGCGUCUGCAGCAGCAGCAGCAACAGCAGCAGCAGCAGCAGCAACUGGAGCAGCAGCACUCGCAUCAGCUGCUAUCCAACUCGCAGAGCUGCAUUGCGGGCCAAGCAGGAGGAGGAGGAGGAGGGGCAGGUGGUGGCUCCGGCUACAUGAACAGUCCGGUGCUGCAGCACGCCCAGUCGCAGAGCUCGAUGGCGUCCUCCUCGCUGAAUGGCAGCAGCAGCAAUCUGCUGCAUCAGCACCAGCACCAGCAGCAUCCCGCCCAGCAUCUCAACCAGCACUGCCCGCCGGCUCCGCAGACGAGCGCUGCCAGCACCAUGGAGCGCUUGGAGCGCAUGGAGCGGCUGGGCCAGACCUAUCAGUAUGUGGUCAAUCACAAUGGCAACGCCAGCGGCAAUGGAGACUACGAUAGCUCCACGGGUGGCAGCUCCCGGGCGCGUACCUUGCCCCGCAACAACAACAACAAUAACGGCAAUGCCAACGGCAAUGGCAAUGGAAAUGGCGGAGGCACUGGCAGUGGCAACGGCAACGGCAGCAAUAGCAAUCAGAGCGGCAGCUAUGAUGAUAUGCACGGCGAGUUCAUCCAGAUCUCUGGCCUGGACACGAGCAGCGCCUUCGUGCGCAAGUCGCCCACGCCGCUGCUGAAGGCGGGCGCCGCAGCGGCGCCGCGCGGCACGCGCGCCAAUCGUCACAAUCUGAACCUGUACCUGGGCAUACCCGACCCGCGUGCGCCGUUCAAUCCCAACUCGUAUAUGCCCAAGAAUCUGGAGGAUCUGGACGAUCUGAUCAAGUACGCCGAGGAGCAGGAUGUGAUUGUGGAUCCGCAGCCCAGCGGCAGUCACGCCCAUGGCCAUGGCCACGCCCACAACAAGCAGCAGCUCUCGGCGAAGAGCAGCCACUGCAGCUCCGGCUACCAGAGCAUCUCCACGAAUCCCUCCCCCGCACAGUCCUCCAGUCCAGUCGAGAGCCAGCUGCAGCCGCAGCAGCCACAGCAACAGUCGUCGCAUAAGCUGGGCGCUCCGCUGGCCUUCAAGAAUCCCUCGUACCAGCUGCAGAGCACCGCGCCCACCGCCUCAACACGCGGCCCGCCCACGCCGCAGCAGCAGCAGCAGCAGCAGACGACGACGUCCUUUGGCGGCCGUGUGAAGCUGAUGGGCGCUGGACUGGUGGCGGCACGGGCCGCCUUCUUGAACAGCGGCGGCACCUUGGAUGCGGCCACCUUGACGCCCAGCUCCUCGGACGAGCAGCUGUCCACGGACAAUCACUACAGCUAUGCGGCGGCAGCGGCUGCCGGCGCCAAUGUGGUCAGCAAAUUGGAGGCGCAGCGCUCGCUCAGCGGCGGCAGCAGCUCCUCCAACUCCAACUCGAACUCGAACUCGAACUCGAGCAAGCCGACCCACGCCUACGGCCGUCUCAAUGGGCCGCUCAAGCGCGAGGACGUCUACGACAGCGCCACUGGCUUGGCYGUGGCCUAUGCCAUGUCCACGCACCAGCAGCAGCAACAGCAGCAACAGUUGCAGCAGCAUUACCAUCACCAUCCCCACCAGCAACAUCAGCAGCAGCAGACGCAACAUCAACAGCAACAGCAGCUGCAGCAGGAUCACAAGCAAUACGCCAGCAGCGGCGGCGGGGCCAGCAGCACGGCGACAUCCUCUACGGCGGUCGCCCAGCGACGGCUCAGCCUCGACUCGGCGCGAACGCUCUCCGACAGCAGCACCGAUACGGAGGGUCACUGCGCACAGCUGCAGGAGGGGAAGCGACGUCGCCAGCUGCGCAGCAACGCCAACAGCGGGCUCAGCGGCGGCCCUGGAGUCUCGGUCUCGGUGUCGGACUCCUCGGGCUUGAGCCGGGGCUACGAUCAGAACGGCCAGAUUCAGCAGCUGCAGGAGACGCUGGAUACGCUGCGUCACACGCUGGACCGCGACGAGGCGGAGCUGCGCGACUCCAACGAUGAGCUGUUCGCCCUGCAGCGGCCAGGCGGAGGAGGGGGCGGCAGCGGAGGCAACGGCGUCAGCAACCUGAGCCUGCAGUCGGAGUCCACCAUGCGCAGCAUCAUCGACAGGCAAACUCUUUGCAGGCUCAUCACCAUGGAGGAGGAGCUGCGGCGCGAGCAGCUGAAGAUGUCGCUCGCCCUGUCGCACAAGCAGCGCGUCAUCGAGGAGCAGGGGCAGCAGAUCGCGGCUCUCGAUGCCGCCAACAGUCGGCUGCUGAGUGCGCUGACAGCGCUGCGUCAGCGCUACGAGACGCAGCAGCAGCAGCAACAACAGCAACAGCAACAGCAGCAGCAGCAGUAAGCACCAAAGAACCAGAAGCCACAGUGAACGAACGGUUGGAGCAGAGGAGCAGGCGGAAGCAGGAGCGACAGCAGCGGCAAGUGGGUGGUGGUUGCAUGUAGAGUAGCUACAGUCCCAACACACACACACACACACACAUGGACAUACAUACACAAGUUGGGCCGCCGUUGUCGUCGUGUUUUUUUAUUGUCAUAAGAUAUAUAUUUGUUUACGAAAUUUUUUUUUGAGCCAAUUUUUUUUUUUAUUAUUGCUAUGCUA